AUGGAAUCACUUGAAGAAUUAUCAAAAAUUUAUGAAUCUAAUGAAAAAAAUAGAUGCAAGGAUUUGGAUAAGACCAAAGAGGAGCUUUAUAAUGUUAUUUUAGAUACAAAGGAUAUUAUUUUAGAUCCUAUAAUUAAUAAGAUAAAAAAUAUAAAAAAACAACUAAGUACAAUGGAAACACAAGAAAAAAUGCUUCAUAAUCAAGUAUUUAGUUUGUGUAAACAUUUAGAACAAAAUGUUUCUUCUAUUGAUUAUUUAAAAAACCAGUUAAAGGGAUUUUUUAUAUAA